AUCGAGUCCCCAUUGCCUCCUUCCCCACCCCACCACCGUCGUCGACGAACCCGCCCCACCGUGCGUGCGAACCAAGAUGUCCGUCCGGCAGCCUCGCCGCGCGCUCCGCCACCGCUCCGCGAUGGGACUCCCCGUCGGCAGCCACAUCGUCCCCCACAGUCCCGUAUGCUCCGCCUACCGCCUCUCCUCUCCGCUCCUUUUUUUUUUUCUUUUCAUUCGCGCUAGUAACACCUUGGUCCCGUCCUCCUUGCAUCUUCCCGCCGACGAUGAGCUCGUAUGGGGCAACGGCACCCCUUUGCUGGAGCCCUGCGUCAACCUCCGUGCGCACGCCCCACACCGGGAAGGUCCCAAACCCCAUUCCAUCCCCACAGUUACUCGGUGACCACCAAGCUGUUUCGGUCCUAUCUGCUCCCAUUUCCUCCGUGUGACGAGCUGCCGUGGCUCUGCGCGGCGGGCUCGGCUUCUUCGCGGCGCUCGGCCUGGCUGCCGCAAUCAACGGCAAGGCAUCCCAAGAAGCCAUAUUCUUGCAGACGCCAAUGGUUUAUCCGAAUGGCAACCUUCGGGCGGAGCUCGGCCAUAGGCUGUGGACGGACCGGAGCCUCUCGUCCCUGUUCAUGCCAUAAUGACAUCCUGUGCCUUACGUCGCGAGCUCCAUCUCGACCGACAGUUACAGUAACUCGACGAAUCAAGAGCCGCCCCUUUGAGCAGUUGCUGCACAGAGCAGGUCAGCUUCCCGUGUUUCUGAAUGAAAACGAUGUUACGGGCGCAAUAAUACUGUCGACCUGUGUCAGCUCUUGUGUGUGUUUUGGCUCGGCGUCUGCGGGUCACUGUAUACGUGUACUGGCAUUGGGUUGGUUUCGGAGCUUAGCAGAAGGCUGGGACGCAAGUGGGUUCAUGUAGGAUGAUGAAACCCGCAAAAGCACAAUUGGUUUCUUGCUGCGUUGUAAGCAUACAAAAACACAGCUGGUCCUGGGGAACCCGAUGCGUUGGGUACUUUGGCCAUUUCUCUAUGCGGUUUUGUUCUCUUGCCAUCGGCAGCUUAUGUAACAAACUAACAGCUGUGGUCAUGAAGGGAAGGAUGGAUGGACGGUCAGCCAGUCAUAGGCACAUCAUGCAGAGGAAGCUAAGCUGCUGGACACAUCCAUGGUGUGGGUGUACUGCAGGUUAAUUACGCAGGGCCAGACCCCAACUCAAUCAGACCACCACCUAUUCCUAUGUGCCCACUCUGAUUAGCUUAGGUGUGUUGCACGCUAACUUCCCCUUGGAGUUAACUAGUCACUAAUUGAUGCAUGUUGCAAGGAAAUGUUUUUUCACCAGGCA